AUGAAGACCAUUGGCAUUGUUGGAGGCAUCGCUUGGCCUAGCUCUCUUGUUUACUACAAGGCUAUUCAUGAAUACUUCAAAGAGAGAACUGGCAGUAAUGGACUGCACACUCCAAGCCUCGUUCUCACUCAAACCGACUUUGCCCUUAUUGAAAAGGCUCAGGCAGAUGGAAACUGGGAUGAAGUGGGCAGACUGCUAGCUGGCGAAGCGAGAAAGCUCAAGGCGGCUGGCGCUGACUUCUUCCUUCUCGCUUGCAAUACUGUUCAUACAGCCGACGCAUACAUUCUCAACAACACUGAUAUUCCAAUGUUGCACAUUGUUGAUGCUGCGGCCAAAAAAGCUGUUCAGCGUGGCUUCAAAACAGUUGGUCUGCUCGGGAGCCGGUACACUAUGACUGGAACAUACUUUGUUGGACGUUUGCAGGACAAAUACAGCUUCAAUGUAUUAGUGGCUCAGGGUGAACACGAAAGUAAUGUCCACAAUGCGCUCUACCAAGAGCUUGCAAAGAACAUUUUUCUCCCUGACACGAGACAGAAGUUCAAGGCGGCCAUUGCAGAUUUGGUUGCGAGGGGUGCCGAGGCCGUGAUUCUGGGCUGUACCGAAUUUGGCAUGCUGGUCAAGGAGGAGGAUAGUGUUGUUCCAAUUAUCGAUACUAGUUAUGCGCACGCGGAAGCUGCGGUGGAUUUGGCCCUGGCGAGUGAUUGA